CCCACCCUGCUCCGAGUAGCUGGUAUAAAGAGGCCUGCUGCUGCCGCUGAGCUGCACCAGCUUUGCAAGGGGCAAACUCGCUUCUGAUCCGGCCAAGCACCGGUCUGAGCACCACGGAGAUGGCACCCGUCGGAGGCAAAAAGGCCAAGAAGGGCAUCCUAGAACGUUUAAACGCUGGAGAGGUUGUGAUUGGAGAUGGAGGGUUUGUCUUUGCUCUGGAGAAGAGAGGCUACGUGAAGGCAGGACCCUGGACCCCAGAAGCUGCUGUGGAGCACCCUGAGGCAGUUCGCCAGCUUCAUCGAGAGUUUCUUAGAGCUGGAUCGAAUGUUAUGCAGACCUUCACCUUCUAUGCCAGUGAAGACAAGCUGGAGAACAGGGGAAACUAUGUCUUGGAGAAAAUAUCCGGGCAGAAAGUCAAUGAAGCAGCUUGUGACAUCGCCCAGCAAGUGGCUAAUGAGGGAGACGCUUUGGUUGCAGGAGGUGUGAGUCAGACACCUUCAUACCUCAGCUGCAAGAGUGAAACUGAAGUUAAAAAAAUCUUUCACCAGCAGUUAGAAGUCUUUAUGAAGAAGAAUGUGGACUUCCUUAUUGCAGAGUAUUUCGAACAUGUUGAAGAAGCUGUGUGGGCAGUGGAAGCCUUAAAGACAUCUGGAAAACCAGUGGCAGCCACCAUGUGCAUUGGCCCCGAAGGAGAUCUGCAUGGCGUGCCCCCUGGCGAGUGUGCAGUGCGCCUGGUGAAAGCAGGAGCCUCCAUCGUCGGUGUGAACUGCCACUUUGACCCCACAAUUAGUUUACAGACGGUGAAGCUCAUGAAAGAGGGCUUGGAGGCCGCAGGGUUGAAAGCUUACCUGAUGAGCCAGCCCUUGGCCUACCACACUCCCGACUGCGGCAAACAGGGAUUUAUUGAUCUCCCAGAAUUCCCGUUUGGAUUGGAGCCCAGAGUUGCAACCAGAUGGGAUAUUCAAAAAUAUGCCAGAGAGGCCUACAACCUUGGGGUCAGGUACAUCGGUGGGUGCUGUGGAUUUGAGCCCUACCACAUCAGGGCAAUUGCAGAGGAGCUGGCCCCAGAAAGGGGAUUUUUGCCACCAGCAUCUGAAAAACAUGGCAGCUGGGGGAGUGGUUUGGACAUGCACACCAAACCCUGGAUUAGAGCAAGGGCCAGGAAGGAAUACUGGCAGAAUCUUCGGAUCGCCUCCGGCAGGCCCUACAACCCCUCCAUGUCAAAACCGGAUGCCUGGGGUGUGACCAAAGGAACCGCUGAGUUGAUGCAGCAGAAGGAAGCCACCACUGAGCAGCAGCUGAGAGAGCUCUUUGAAAAACAAAAAUUCAAAUCGACACAGUAGUCACAAUGCAAUUAUUUUUGGCGAAUUCCUCUAUGUUUGGGCCCCAGUGCAUACAAAUAAAGAAAAGAUGGUUAGAAGGCAAUGCUUAUGUUAACGCCAGCCUACACGUAUAAUUGGUAUCAGCUAAACGAAGUAGAAUUACAAAUAGCACUUGACAGUUUUAAAAGUAUGUUUUAGAAGUUUAGUUAGAAGCAAAAAAAAAAUUUUUUUUUUAAAAAGAAAGAAAAAAGAAAUUUCAAACAGGUUUCCUAAGCACCCACUGUGUUUAAGGUAUUAUGAAAAUCUUUGCAUCGAAGAAAGGUAAUUCAGUUAGGCUUGGUUUGCCCACACCUGUGAUCCUGACUCAGGAGGCUGAGGCAGGAGGAUGCGAGUUUGAGGCCAACCUUAACAACUUCAUGAGACCCUAUCUCAAAAUAAAAAAACAAGAAGUCCUGGGGAUGUAACUCAAUGGUAGAGUGCCCCUGGAAUUCAAAACCCAGCACCAUGGGGGAAAAAAAAAACAGGAAAAGUAAUUCGAACUUUAAUUAAGAAAUGAUAGGCUUCCAAGGAGGAUGAAAUAUGAACUGUCAUAUAUGACACAGCAAUCAGCCAGGGACAGAUACAGUGCUAUGAAAAAUGACUUCCAACCUCUCUGAACGUGGCACCCCAUAAGAAACACCAUUUAUUUAAUGAUCUAAUAAAACAGGUAACAUAAACCAGAGAGUAAAAUGUGUUUGAUCCACUCUGAUACUUUAUAUUCUUUUCCUUUCCAUCCUACUUAAUAAAACAUGCUGGUUGUGACCAUUCAAAUUGAUUUUUAUGACCCACUAAUGGGUUUUGACCCAGUUUGAAAAACAUUGCUAUGGACUCUUUGAUCAUGGGAGACCAUCCAAAGUAAGUUUAUUCUUAUAAGUCAAUCCUAUUGAGCUGAUUAUUAAGUAUCUAAAGCCCACAGUCCUUCCCUGAGAGUUAUAGGGUUUUCUCUAUUUCCCAGAUCAUGUCUACCAUUAAGACAGAUGGGAAGAGGGAGAGGGGUUGGCACAUAAGCUAUCUCUGUCUCACUUAAAACUGCCUACCCAAAUGCCUCCGGUCAGGUUGAGGAGCAGUGAACUUUUGUUACUUUGAUAGCUUAAAAAAAAAGUAUAAUUAAUUAAUUAUUUUUUUUAAGUACAAUAAGAAAACAGAUCUUCCAAAUGCUAGCCAGGAUUCCUAGGUUGAGAACUGUGAUGUAACAAGUCUGAAGACACAGGACAAUUCACAUAAAAAUCACUACCCUUACCCUAUGAGGAAAGAGUUCAUGCUGCUUUGUAGACAUUCUUGGAUUGAUUGAACUGUUCUGUAAUUGUAAAUUUGGGGCCAUUAAAAAAAGAAGACUCUC